AUGUGGGUACAAUUUAUCCCGUUUCUCUUUGCGCUGUGGGCGGCUUUAGUGACUGCAAACAUCACUACCUAUCCACCGCCAUCCAUAUACGGAGUAUCUUCAGUAUAUGAACUUUCGGUCAAUGGUGUACCGGUUCCUGCAGUUGCCUACCCUGGCUACGACUAUGCUCAAUUAUCUAUGGAUGAAGACCAAAACACCAAGUUUGCAGUCACCAUAAAAAACGGGACAGCCAUUGAUUCUUAUUCCAUCACCCCUAAGAGCUUGGACAUCAAAGCCUCAGUCAGCGGCGAUACACUAAGCUUUUCGGUUACGAAAGCUUAUUAUCUCAUCCUUAAAGUCAAUGGUCAGAAGGAGUUUGUGAUUGUCGCGGAUCCCAACGAAACAGACGUUCCACCCUCGUCCGGUCAGGGAAUCUAUAACGUCAUGGAUUAUCAGGCCGACAACACCGGCACAUCGCUUACUAGCGGAGUCCAAGAUGCUCUUAAUGCCGCUGGUAAGGCUUCCGGAGGGAUUGUUUACGUGCCUAAAGGUAUCUUUCUCGUUGGGAAUAUCAUUAUACCUAGUCGGACAUCUCUUUAUCUGGCUGGAGGAUCAGUCCUCCGUUUUACCGGCAAUCCUGCAGACUACAACCAGUUAUAUAACAAGCCCGGCUUGGGUCCAGGAACUUGGUGGAUCCAAACGGCUAUCAACUCGACUGAUUGUAAAAUUUACGGUCGGGGGACCAUCGACGCCAACGGCUAUGGGUACCAGCAGGGCAAACACGUUGCCCAAGUCAUCGUUCCUGUAGGCACAAAGCGGUUUAUCGCUGAUGGUCCACUUAUCAGAGAGAGUUCUUUCUGGACCAUCGUACCCACCCAAAGCGAGGAUGUGCAACUCCUUAAUUUGAAGAUUCUAAACCGCUUGGACAUGGUGCAAAACGACGGUAUUGAUGCCGUGGAGUGCAAGGGUGUAGAGACUCGCCGUGUCAUCGCAAUCGCCAAUGACGACAGCUUCUCAGCCAAAACUUGGCCGUACGACGCUGAUGAUAUUUUUUCUGCCUACCCCUACAGUCCACUUCCUCAAAGCAAUAUUUCGUUCACCGAUUGCGUAGCCUGGACUCACUGUUAUGGCUUCAAAGUGGGCCAGGGUGUCUACCAAUACCAAGAAAACAUAGUUUUUGAGGACGGUACUGUCUAUAAAGGGGCAGUUGGUAUUGGAAUUGAUCACAAGUACGGAGAUGGAGUCGCCCGCAACGUUACGUGGAGGAAUAUUGUCAUCGAGGGUCUUGGCUAUACCAACUUGCCAGGCGUCAGCACUUGGCUAGCCAUCCUGGUCGAGCUAGAUGGCAAAAGCGUCGGUCCAAUUGAGAAUCUACUUAUGGAAGAUAUUCGAAUCUACGAUCUCGGUAAAACAUCGGCUCCAAUUAAGGGUUACAACUCAUCUGUGCUGGUUACCAACACCAACUUGAAUAACAUCUACCUAAAUGACGACACGACACCUACGACCAAUAUGUCUGCUCUAAAAAUACUCCAUAUGCAUACUUUAGACACUACUCUUACUGCGACUUCUAGUAGUGCACUUACUGGAUAG